CGGGGCGGGCGGUACGGCGGCGCGACGGGAUCAACGGCGCAGUUGGCGGGAGCGGGAAGCGGUAGGUCGCGCCUGGAGCUCAAACACCCACCCGAGAGCGCGAGCGCCUGGCCCAAGCCGCCGCCGCCGCCGCCAUGCACGUGAUCAAGCGAGAUGGGCGCCAUGAGCGUGUCAUGUUUGACAAGAUCACUUCUCGGAUCCAGAAGCUCUGCUACGGACUCAAUGCUGACUUUGUCGAUCCUGCACAGAUCACCAUGAAGGUGAUUCAGGGUCUGUACAGUGGUGUCACAACUGUGGAACUGGAUACACUGGCUGCUGAGACAGCUGCAACCCUCACUACCAAGCACCCUGACUAUGCCAUCCUAGCAGCAAGGAUUGCGGUCUCCAACUUGCACAAAGAAACCAAGAAAGUGUUCAGUGAUGUCAUGGAAGAUUUGUACAAUUAUGUAAACCCUCAUAAUGGCAGACACUCUCCAAUGAUCGCCAAGGAAACGCUAGACAUUGUUUUGGCUAACAAAGAUCGCCUGAACUCCGCCAUCAUCUAUGAUAGAGACUUCUCCUACAACUACUUUGGCUUUAAGACUCUAGAGCGCUCCUAUCUGCUGAAAAUCAAUUCAAAAGUCGCUGAACGCCCCCAACACAUGCUGAUGAGGGUAUCGGUGGGAAUCCACAAAAAUGAAAUUGAUGCUGCGAUAGAAACCUACAACCUCCUAUCUGAGAAGUGGUUUACCCAUGCAUCUCCCACACUCUUCAAUGCUGGCACCAACCGACCUCAGCUGUCCAGCUGUUUCCUGCUGUGUAUGAAGGAUGACAGCAUUGAGGGAAUCUAUGACACUCUAAAGCACUGUGCGCUGAUCUCCAAGUCUGCUGGUGGAAUUGGUGUUGCUGUGAGCUGUAUCCGAGCCACUGGCAGCUACAUUGCUGGGACAAAUGGAAAUUCCAAUGGGCUUGUCCCAAUGCUGAGAGUCUACAACAACACCGCCCGCUAUGUGGAUCAAGGUGGUAAUAAGAGACCCGGGGCCUUUGCCAUCUACCUGGAGCCAUGGCACUUGGACAUUUUUGAGUUUCUUGACCUGAAGAAGAACACCGGGAAGGAGGAGCAGCGAGCCAGGGACCUCUUCUUUGCCCUCUGGAUUCCCGAUCUCUUCAUGAAACGGGUAGAGACUAACCAGGACUGGUCCUUGAUGUGUCCAAAUGAGUGUCCUGGCCUAGAUGAAGUUUGGGGAGAGGAGUUUGAGAAACUGUAUGAGAGUUACGAGAAGCAGGGCCGUGUCCGCAAGGUGGUGAAGGCCCAGCAGCUCUGGUAUGCCAUCAUAGAGUCUCAGACCGAGACCGGGACCCCUUACAUGCUGUACAAGGACUCUUGUAAUAGGAAAAGCAACCAGCAGAACCUGGGAACCAUCAAGUGCAGCAACCUGUGCACAGAAGUAGUGGAGUACACCAGCAAAGACGAGGUUGCAGUUUGUAACUUGGCCUCCAUAGCCCUGAACAUGUACGUCACGUCGGAGCACACUUAUGACUUCAACAAGCUGGCUGAGGUCACCAAAGUCAUAGUCCGAAACUUGAACAAAAUAAUUGACAUCAACUUCUACCCUGUGCCAGAGGCUGAGCUCUCCAACAGACGCCAUCGUCCCAUCGGCAUUGGAGUGCAAGGUCUGGCGGAUGCAUUCAUCCUGAUGAGAUACCCCUUUGAAAGCCCCGAGGCCCAGUUGUUGAACCAGCAGAUCUUCGAGACCAUUUAUUACGGUGCUUUGGAAUCCAGCUGUGAACUCGCCAAAGAGCUUGGCCCGUACGAAACUUACGAAGGCUGCCCUGUCAGCAAAGGCAUCCUACAGUAUGACAUGUGGAACGUCACCCCUACUGACCUGUGGGACUGGAAGGCUUUAAAGCAGAAGAUUGCCAAAUACGGUGUUAGAAACAGCCUGCUCCUUUCUCCAAUGCCAACUGCUUCUACUGCUCAGAUCUUGGGCAACAAUGAGUCCAUUGAACCCUACACCAGUAACAUCUACACGCGCAGGGUCCUCUCGGGCGAGUUUCAGAUUGCUAAUCCGCACUUGUUGAAAGAUCUGACGGAGAGAGGCUUGUGGAACGAGGAGAUGAAAAACCAAAUCAUCGCCCACAGUGGCUCUGUGCAGAACAUCCCGGAGAUUCCAGAUGACUUGAAGCAGCUCUAUAAGACGGUCUGGGAAAUCUCCCAGAAGACCAUCCUCAAAAUGGCAGCUGACAGAGGCGCUUUCAUUGAUCAGAGCCAGUCCCUGAACAUCCAUAUUGCAGAGCCCAACUACGGCAAACUCACCAGCAUGCACUUCUUUGGGUGGAAGCAGGGUCUGAAGACAGGCAUGUACUACCUGAGGACAAAACCAGCGGCCAAGCCCAUCCAGUUCACCCUGAACAAGGAGAAGCUCAAAGAGAGAGAGAAGGUGUCCAGGGAAGAGGAGGAGAAGGAGAGGAACAAAGCAGCCAUGGUGUGUUCGCUGGAGAACAGAGAUGACUGCCUGAUGUGUGGCUCCUAACACACCUGCCCUUUGGUGCCAGCACAGCUGCUCCAUCUGGCUUCAUCUCUUCUAGAGUAGAUAGGUCUAGUUUUACUUCAGUACAUAGGGUCUUGCUGGGACUGUGAUGGGGGGUGGUCAGGGAGUAGUGUACAGUGCUUUCCCCAUCCCGGGGUUGAGGCCUGUACACACACACACACAUAUCACGCAAAAGACGUUUAUAUGUAUCCCUUUUGCAGCUGAGCUUCCUGGAAACUAAGUGCUUUUGUAUAGUCUUGCAUUAUCCACUGUAGAUAGAAUUUUCCUAAACGUAGACAGGUAACAGGCAUUAGCAUUUUUCCUUAAGGAUGAGUUCUGUGCACUUCAGACAGUUGUCCUCAUUUUACUACUGUGCUUAUGUGGCUCCUGAUGAAUGAAUUUCCUUUGCCACAGUAACGUGGCAGUGAGGAAAACCUCCCUGUGCUCUGUCUGUUGUGGCCAGGGGCGUGUUGUGUUAAGCUGAGGAGUUCGGCUCACACCUGCUUGAGCGACCCCUCAUAAGGAGCUUCUGGUUCUCCCCAGGUGCUGGGGGGCAGACUGGCUAUGUGUAUGUGUCACAUGCACGCUUCUUCGCCAUCCGGCCGGGGGCGGGCAGAGCAUUGCACUGCAGAGGGGUUCCCUUUUUUCCUGUUACCAGGAAACGGAAAAGCUGUUGCAGCACACUUGUCUGUACCAAAAAACCUGGGUGCUGGUCAGCUUCUGAGUAACCAGCAUAAGUGUCCUGCUCUGAGAGAGCCCUGCUGAAUUGCACAUUCUGUCUCCUUUCAAGAGCCAAAUCCAUCUGGCUGGGCUAAUUGUUUGAUGGUUCUAAAAUAAAUGUUUUUACCUUUC